UUAAUACUAGUGAAUUUUGAAAUGUAAAGUGUUACAUACGCUAUAAUUGGAGAAAUUAAAUAAAAAAGGAGUGAUGGCAGUUCAUUGUCAAUUUUCUGUUAACGAGCCUCGUUGUAAAGUAUUUACACCUGGAAGUGCAAUCUGUGGUACUAUGAGAUACGAAUUUGAUGAAGAAACUAUAGUAAGAAAAAUAUCUGUGUCACUUGAAGGUUUUGGAAGACUACAAGUCAAUGAAGGUGUUGGGUAUGGAUACAAUGAAGAUAGUGUAAGUGAUUGCAAUUUAGAAGAUAUCUUUUAUUCUGAAGAUAUAAUAGAUUUUAGUGCGGAAGGAACACCGUAUCUAACAGGACAAUAUGGAACAACAUUCAAUUUUUGGUUACCAGAAAAUAUUCCACCGUCUUUACAUUACUGUACCAAUGAUUUAAACUUAGGAAUAUUUUGUGAGAUCACAUACUUUCUUAGAAUAAGAUUCCAUGUUGGAGGCUUUGCAGAAUUUCAAAAAACGUUCGAAAAAGAAAUCAAAGUGGCACCAAGUGUAAUGCCGAGAUUACCAACAUUACCAAUGGUUUAUGGUGAAAAGAAGACAUUUUUUCAUUUAUGCAAAAGGAAUAACUUCAUCUAUUUGAAAGCAUGUGUGAAGAAUUCGAUUAUUAAUCCUGGUCAGAGAGUGCAAAUAUGUUAUGAAGUUGAAAAUCAGUCCAGCACGACUGUCCAAGCUAUCAAAAUCAAACUAGUUGAAAUGUAUAUGUUUAGUUUAAACGAAAAUGACACUAUAAAAUUUUAUGUGGACGUUGAAGGUACAGACUCUAAAACGGCCAUGAUAAAAAGUGGUGAUAUAAAAGAAUAUUCAUUGGAAAUUGAUAUAGAACCAAGUUUGCAUUCUGUAGACUAUUCUAAAAUUGUAUCUAGAAAUUAUGCUGUUAUUAUUAUUAUUAGUCUGCCGAUACCCUACAAAAACAUGAUGCUAGAAAUUCCAAUACAGAUAGGCAAAUGUUCUAGAUCUCAAUUAGAUCCACAUUUUUAUUGUGUAAGUAACAAUGGUAGAGAAUCUCCCCCUUCGUACGGGGAAUCAACGACAUGA